AUGUCUACCCUACAGAAGGAUCUCUAUUAUCCCCUAAGGGAUGCUGAGGAUAAGGUUCUAACUGAAACUAGAGUUAAGGUCUGGGAUAAGAAUCCCAAAACUCUAGCUUUCAAUGUCGAUUCCUUACCCGACCUGAAGGUCUACAAGGCUGAUGACAACGUCUAUGUGCAGUUCAAGGAGGUUCUGGGUUGA